ACAAACCCUGGUGGCGCGCUCCCGUGAAGCAAUUCAUUGUAUCAGAUUGAGACGGGAGGAAGCAGCGAACGACUACACUGGUCGGCAAAGCAAAUCUGCCCCGGGAAAUACUGAAAAAUCCGACUGCUAGCCACAUAAACUGCAGGUUUUAGAACACGCCAGUGACCACAGAGUAACGUUACACCGUCUCUACUUAUUACGCAGGGAUGGCAGCCAUCCGUAAGAAGCUGGUGAUAGUGGGGGAUGGAGCUUGUGGGAAGACCUGCCUUCUGAUUGUCUUCAGCAAAGACCAGUUCCCUGAGGUCUACGUCCCCACCGUGUUUGAGAACUACGUUGCUGACAUAGAGGUGGAUGGCAAACAGGUGGAGUUGGCUCUCUGGGACACUGCAGGUCAGGAGGACUAUGACAGGCUGAGACCCCUCUCUUAUCCAGACACUGACGUCAUCCUCAUGUGCUUCUCCAUAGACAGUCCUGACAGCUUGGAAAACAUUCCAGAGAAGUGGACCCCAGAGGUCAAACACUUCUGUCCCAAUGUUCCCAUCAUCCUGGUAGGAAACAAGAAAGAUCUGCGCAAUGAUGAGCACACACGCCGAGAGCUGGCCAAGAUGAAGCAGGAGCCAGUGAAGUCAGAGGAGGGCCGGGACAUGGCCGGCCGGAUUGCAGCAUUCGGUUACAUGGAGUGCUCUGCUAAGACCAAGGACGGUGUGCGGGAGGUGUUCGAGAUGGCCACCAGGGCAGCACUGCAGGCCCGCCGUGGCAAGAAGAGCAAUAAAUGUGUACUGCUGUAAAAUGGCAACAUAUUUGGACAGUUUUCACCCUGGGGUACUGUACCUGGGGCUAGGACUUGGGAGGGAUCGAGGGAUUACUAGAUGGGAGGGAGGGGAAGAAAAGAGUACAGUAAAUGACUACCGCUGUAAAAUGGCUUUUCAUUGGACUGUUGUGGGACUUGGAUUUGGGAAGCUUUGAUGGAGAGGGACGGGUGGGUGGGUGGCUGGGGGAGGAGGUUGCACAGUAAAUGACUACCAUUGUAAACCAUUGGGCUCUUUACCUGUGGGUUUACUAUCAAGGUGGGAAAUUUCCACCAGCCAAAUGCUGGUACAUUUUGUCUUUUCAACUAGCCACAGCCUGAUAAAGACCAUUAGGAGAUCCUGGUCCUUUCUAAAAAAAAAAAAAAAAAAAAAAAAAAAUCUUGUGAACUGGUAAAACUGAUUGUUUUCUGGUGAAUAAUGGGAUGUUCCAGUGACUGUUCAGUGUGGAUAACAAAAAAAGGUUUAGUUUCCUGCCUUGAUGACUUGACAGCUGAAUGGAGGCAAACAGACAGCACAGUAAAUGAGUACCACUGUAAAUGGAUGGCCACCAGUGAAGUGUUUAUCCCCAGGUGUUCAUACCUGGAAUUAGGGCUAAGGUGGUGUGAAGUUGGACAGGUAAAGGGGAUGAGAAGAAUGAAGUGCAGUACAUGGGUGUGACCAUGAUGAGACUGUAUACACCAAACCAGAGCAAAACUUAAAGUUUUCAUAGUUUUUCCAGCUUACUUGUUAUACGCUGUAGUUACCUGGGCAGGUUAUUUGAACAGCCCCAAAAGUAAACAAAUCAACAGUAAACUAUUAAUCAAGUGCUCCUCAAUGUGGGGAUUUAAACAGGUUCCAGGUUGAUAGCUUGCAGUUCAAUUCAAGUACAAAAAGAUAUUUCUGUUGUAAAAGAAGACAUUUUAGAAAAGUUUGUCUUGAGACGGUUGUUGUAUCCACAGUGUUGUGGUCAUGUGCUGUCAGGUGCUCGGGUCGUAUGUGUCGUAUUAGAGGCGUGGAGCUAAAUGCUCACAUGUCCAGCUCAGUGCUGUUUAGUCUCUCACUGUGGUUAAUCCUGUGCUUACAGACUCACAGUGACAAACACAUUGAGCCUUAUUCUUUCUGAGAUGAGCUGUUACAGCCACCUAAUAGUGGAUGCUCUAUUAUUUGCAGAUAAACUGCAACUAGUGCGCAGUUUGAAUUGAAAAAAGAUUGAAGAAAAUUGCCCUCAAUGCUGGUUUUUAAAGUAAAACUACUUCCUGUGCAUCAUCUGAUCUGUAAUUCAGAGUGGCUCUGAUCGCCACCUGUAUUCCAGUUGCUGCUUUAAAUAUUAGGUAUCUUACCAUAGCAGUGUUGUAGAGGGCAGUGUAAAGUUUACUUAACUUCCAGAGGAGCAGCAUUGUGAUGCCCUCAGUGUGGUGUGCUGGACAUUAAAGCUAUCCACAUGCUGGUGACUCUUUACUGGGGUUGGUUUGUCUACUCAGCUAUCACCUGAAGUUUCUUUAACAUUAAAAACGUUCUUUGGACUGAAUCAGUGGAAGUGGCAGGUGAAUUGUGGUCCCACUGGAUGACUUCCUGCCCUGCAUAGUACAACCUGAGCAAACUGCCAUGGCUCAGCUCCCAUCCCUUUCUGUUCCACAUUGCUGACUGCUGGUGCAUGGUUUUAGACCAGGACAAAGGACAAGGAGAGGAGAGGGUUGUGUUUACAUGCCACACCACUGAUUUCUGUAUUUGGGAUGAACGACUAUUCAUUUUAUUUGUGUAGGCAUGUAUAAAGGUCAACUGUACAAAAACCGGAACUAGUUCAUGUUGAGGGGGGAAAAGGUGCCUAGGAUAUACCAUGUUAUCCACCAUAUACAUGUCUGCCUUUUACUGGUUAACUGUUGGUACCUGCCAUAUUCUUUAACAGUUAAACUUAAAAAAACAACAAAAAAAAAAACAACAGACACAUGACAUGACCUUUUUUCCAGAAUACUUUGCAUGGUAAUGCCAGAAUUGUCAGGUUGGGCAGCCGGAUAGAUUUAGGGGUUAAAUAUGCUGGUAAUCUACAUCACUAACUAGCAGACUGAGAAUUAUCUGCUGUAUGUUGAACAUUUGUGGGUAUUUUUUUUUUUUUUUUAGUUCUUUCCACUCUAAAAAUGGUAAGCCAGUCACAUUUGGGAUUUAUCAGCUUUCCCUGACUCUUAUGUGUGUUUUACUGCCAGAUUCAGGUUCUCUUGAAAUUGUUGUACGCGCCUGUUCUUCUUCCUGGCCUACAGGGAGAGAAGCCUGGUCUUGUGUUGUUUUUUUUAUUCUUUUAUUUCCUGCUUUAAAAAAAAGUCAUAAAUAUGUUGUCUGUCAGUAUUUAAAAUAGGAGGUGGAAGAUUAGGAGACUGCUUAUGUGUCAUUGCUUUAGUCUAUUCUUAUGUGCGUUACCUGAAUUUUUCUGCAACAAUUGGUUGUACAGACACAUCAAUCAUCCCUGCCAAAUUCUGUUGUUAGGCAGUCAGGAGAAAGGCUGGCCUCUCGGCUGCCUGUCUAGAGCGUCGCUAGACCACAUGCUGGCUCUUUUGUUUUUGAACACAAACUUGGCUGAAAAGACAAAAGGAAAAAACAAUGAAUCUCCUUAUGUACAAAUAAUUUUUAUUUCUACUUUUUAUUGUAUUUUUAAAUCCUAAUUUUGGAUGCUGAGGCAGUGAUGUAAACCAGGACAGGAAAACCAAGCUGUAUGCAAUGUCUGUAAAUAUGAAAUGUGGGUUUGUUCAUACUAGACAAUACACACGCACAAGACUGGAAACUGUAUUUGUAAACUGGCUUUGGUUUGUGUAAUAAAUUACUUUAUAGAACA